AUGGCGGAGUCAUCUCAACAGAUCCAUUAUAUCAAGCCCUCCAGCCCUGAGCCCUUUGGUCAUGGCAUUUUAGUUGGAAAUGGUGUCUUUCACAAUCAUGCCACUGCUGUGGCCAGAUAUAUUCUGAUGGCGGACCUGCGCGGUGUCGACACGCAUGGCUCAAACCGCAUACCCUCAUAUAUGAAACGAAUCCGUCAAAAGGUACUUGAUCCUAAGGCGAGUCCACAGCUGACCCAGGUUACCCCCGUGGUGGCCUCCGUCGACGGGAAGAAUGUAUUUGGAUUUGUUUUGGCUCACAUGGGUAUGGAGCGGGCCAUAGAGAUGGCCAAGGAAUUCGGUAUUGGCAUGGUCUCGAUUAAGUAUUCCAACCACUUCGGCAUGUCUGCUUGGCUGGUAGAUCAAGCUGUCAAUGCAGAGAAGAUCCCUAUAGACUGGGCUUUUGAUAACGAAGGGCACAUGACUGAUGACCCGGCUCGUGCCCUUAAGGGCGUAAUGCUACCGAUGGGAGGCCCCAAGGGUUCCGCCCUCUCCAUUAUGAUGGACGUGUUUUCUGGUGUACUGUCUGGAUCCGCCUUCGCAGGCCAUGUGACAAAUCCCCAUGAUCAAACUACGCCAGCAGAUGUUGGCCAUUUUCUGGUCGCAAUCAAGCCCGACCUCUUUAUGGACCUAGAGAAUUUCAAGUCGCACCGCAUCUACUACCCUGGAGAAAUUGAGCAGAUCACUCGAGAUACACGACUAAAAGAUGGGAUUCCGUUCACCCAGGCAGAGAUAAAUGGGUUGAAUGAGGAGGCAAAGGCAGUGGGUGCGGAGACAUUGAACUUGGAGUGA